AAUAACCUAAAACUAAUUCAAGAUCAAGUUCAUACUAGCGUCGAUUCGAUGCGCACGAUUUUAGUUACACACGUCUGCGGCGGGUGACGUCAGCGAUAAAACCAACAAUCUUCCUAAUAGCACAUUGGUUCCAUAAGUACCUAGUCUAGUCGACUACGUUACGCACGUACGCAAGCAGCUGUGGUUUCCACCGAUUCUAUACAAGUUACAAGACUUAAGAAUAAGUAAACAAAAUGGCACAGGAAAGGCCACUUUUCGACUACCACGAGGAAAGCCAUGGCGAGAAACUAACACGCAAAGCUAAAGAAUCUCCAUUCAUGAUUAUUGGUCUCGCGAGUUUAGCCGGCGCGGUGGGUCUUGGCGCGUACAAGUAUAAGACUCGCGGCGCCAUGAGUACCAGUGUGUACCUGAUGCAGUUCCGAGUGAUAUCUCAGGGCGCCGUGGUCGCGGCCCUCACUGCCGGCAUGGCCUACACGCUAUACAACAACCACUUCCGCACCAAGGAGACUAGCACAGUGCUCGCCAAGCCUAACGAGCACUAAUAAGCCCGCCCAGUUCAGGAUAGGUACUUCGUACUACGUGAUCUCAGUCAUUCUCAUGAUACUAAGUAAUUUACUUGAAUGCUAAGGGAAACGAUAAACUAUAUACAGGAUGUUAGUGACAUCGUAACGAAUACUGGAGGGAUGAUUCAAACCUUGAUUCUGAGUUGAUGUCAAGUGGAAUUUCCUGUUGGAAAAUUCAUGGAAGUUUAGUGUGUUUUUUUUAUUAUUCAAGCCAGGGCCGCAAUAUAGGACGUCACUUACGGCUUACGGGCUUACUAUAGAAUAGUAUCUAUAUGUAGGUGUCAGUAAUUGUCUUCUGUAAUAAUUCUCUAAAGCGCAUUUACCUAUAAUUUACCUACUAUCGUAUUUAAAUAGAAAAGUAAACUUAUUGUCAUAUUUCACAUCAUCGUCUCUCUUCAAAAACUAAAACAUUUAUGUUUGAAAUAAAUUUUUGGAGUCAUUUUCUAGAGCGCAUUUAUAGAAUUAACCAAGUGGGAAUUUAGGCCCACUUACAGCUAAGCAUUGUACCUAAUCAACUGUAUUUUUUUUCCUUUAAGUAACUGUAAUAUUCCUUAUCUUAUGCUAUAAUUACGAGAUGCCACCUUAUGUAAUUGUAAGGUGAAGGGAACACUGAGCGAACGUAGUAUCUCAAGGUAAAGGGCAACUGCGUAGUAAGACAAAGUGUUUAUGAAAUAGAUAAAGUAGAUUCAGCUCACUCACAUUAGUAAAGUUAAAAAUAACCGUUAGUUUUGAAGUCAGGAUGGACAAGUUGUAUUAAUUAAUAAAUCAAGAUUUAAAAUCGCAUCGCUGAGUGGUUGGUCUUGUUUUAAGUUUGAAGUAGUUUUUAAUUACUUUCCAUCGCACGAUUAUCUACAUAAAUAUGUAUUUUGAUACAGAUAUAAUGAUAUCAUACGAAGGUGAGAGCAGAGUAAAAUGUAUUACAAAUUAUCUUUGUUAUAAAUGGUUAUUGUAAGUCAUGAUUGCUGUGAUAGGUUUUCUAUUGUUAAGUUUAAUAAACAAGAAGUAUUGAAGAUGUGAA